GUAACACCCCGUUAUUCCCUAACUAUGUUUAGAACUCCCCUCCAAACUGAAACUACACAACAGCAAAUCUAUUCCUGCAUUAUUCACCACCUCUCCCACAAUUUCACGAGAUUCAGCAACGCAGCAGAAAAUCAAACCCCAACUGUCAGCCAUAUAUUCAAACUCAAGGUUGGCUGGCCGGUGCUGACGGGACUGAGCUGAGGCUAGGGUUCAAUUUCUAUAUAGACUUCCGCUGUAGUAAUAACUCUUAUACAUCUUUUGUUUUUUCAACUUAAGAUGACUUCAUGUCGACCUUCAAUUUAAAAUCUCUAGUUUUUGUUAAUGAACGUCGAUUGUCAGAAACAUGAAACAAAACUUGUGAUCCAAAGGGGCUUAGCCCGACUCGUUAUCUUAUUAUUCGGGUUUUAACAAGGUUUGUCCUUGUUUAUUUCUAUGAAUUGGUUGCACCUCGAUUAUAUUGUUCAUUCAAGAAUUGAGGUGUGACAAGUUGGCAUAAGUAAAUAAUUCCAAUACAAAAAUCUUGAAUUCAACGCAUUUUUUUUCUCUCUUAACUCUAAGAGAGAGAUAUGAAAGAAGAGCUCCUUAGUUGAUAUAAAUAUCUGGAUAAUCUAGAGCUCCAAGUACGUCGUCGGCGUCUGUGUAGUAUAUAUAAUGAAGCGGAGGAGAGAGUUUGAGAUGGUGGCAUCGGAGAUCAGGUCCGCCAUUGAGGAGGUGUCGUUGCUAGUGGUCAACCUCAAAACUGGCGCCGCCGCCGCUGUUGAUGAUGCCGUUCCGAAUACUGCUCCCGUUCCGAUUCCUGCUCCUGUUCCUGUUCAGACUAGUGUCCAUAUUCAGAUCAAGCCGUUUCUCUCUCUCUGCAAUUUGCUCGUUCAAGUUCUCGAUAAGAUAGGGCCAACAAUGGCUGUGUUGAGACAAGACAUUCGCCACAACAUUGAGAGAUUAGAGAAGUUCUAUGAGUCUGAUCCAUCAAUAUAUUGGGAUGUGGUUGAGAUUUUGAAGAAAGAGGUGAAUGAAGGCAAGGCAAAAAAAGGGCCCACCUGCAGCAAAGCCUUUGUUUGGCUUAACAGGUCCCUUGAUUUUGCUCUGGCAUUGUUAGAGUUGCUUGUGAAGGAUUUUGGGAGAAACAUGGAGGAAGCAGUGGAAGCGUCUUACAUCACCACCUUAAAACCAUGGCAUGGAUGGAUCUCUUCAGCAGCCUAUAAAGUCGCCCUCAAACUGGUGCCCGAUAGCCGGACAUUCGUGGAUGUUCUUAAGGUCAAAGGCGAAGAAGACGACGUGCUCAAGAAAGACAUACAAAACCUCAUCUCUUUGCUCAUACCAGUGCUAGAGCAGAACAAGGAUAUUCUGAGAGCGUAUGGUUUGGAUAAGCUGAAAUCGACGUAAAGAAAGCAUCCGAUAGAGCCAAAACAUCUGUAGAGUGUCCAAAUUUUGAUGCCUCUUGUUUUAGGCCAAUGUACAUAUGUAAAAUAGUUACCCUUCCUUUAUUUUCUUCUUCAAGUUUUCCUAAUUGUACACAAAACUCUGUCAUGAGCGUUCUUUUAAUUCGUCUCAUGAUUGUUUAUACAUCUUGAGAAGUUCAUAGAGAAAAAUUAAUAAAUAGAGUUGUGUUAGC